UCUCGCCGAGUGAGUGCGGUCUCCAGCGACAGAGCGGUGCAAUGAUAAAAGCCGCAUAUGCGGUGAGCUACACACACCUCUCAGGCAGGAAAAUACCAACGAAACAGCCUCACCCAGGUUCUCCUCGCAUCACAGCCUUACCCAACACUCUGAGCCGAACCUGAAGUGCCAGUAGAACCAUGUCCAAGCCAACGGGGGGCGGUGUGAACGAUGUCACCCGCUUACUGACAUCGGGGGUCACGGCGCCAGGGUCUCCCAAAAAUACGAUCUCCGCCGCCAGCCAGGCCGACUGGGCGGCUAAGAGGCUGGUGUGGGUGCCGUCGGAGAAGAAUGGCUUUGAGUCGGCCAGUAUCCGGGAGGAGCGCGGUGAUGAGGUGGAGGUGGAGCUGACGGACAGCCAGAGGAAGGUGACUCUGUCCAGGGAGGAGGUGCAGCGAAUGAACCCCCCGCGCUUCAGCAAAGUAGAAGACAUGGCCGACCUCACCUGCCUGAAUGAAGCCUCUGUGCUGCACAACCUGAGAGAGAGAUACUACUCUGGCUUGAUCUAUUCUGACGUCCCCUGUGUGUCUCAGGGCGAGCUGGAGAGACAGCUGCUGCAGGCCAACCCCAUCCUGGAGGCCUUCGGCAACGCAAAGACUGUCAAGAACGACAACUCCUCUAGAUUUGGUAAAUUCAUCCGCAUUAAUUUUGAUGUGGCGGGGUACAUUGUUGGUGCCAACAUCGAAACCUACCUCCUGGAAAAGUCCCGGGCCACCCGUCAGGCCAAAGACGAGAGGACGUUCCACAUCUUUUACCAGCUUCUGUGUGGAACUUCUGAAGAGACAAAAGUGGACCUGCUUUUAGGAACUGCUGAUCAGUACCGCUUUCUCAGCGGAGGCUCCAUCCCUGUCGCUGGUCAGAGCGAUGCAGACAACUUCACCCAGACCAUGGACUCCAUGGUUAUAAUGGGCUUCACCCCAGAGGAGUCGCUAUCCAUGCUGAAGGUGAUCUCCUCUGUGCUCCAGUUGGGGAACAUUUCCUUCAUGAAGGAGAAGCACCACGAUCAGGCUUCGAUGCCUGAUAACACAGCCGCUCAGAAACUGUGCCAUCUGCUGGGCAUCAACGUGCUGGAGUUCACCCGGGCCAUCCUCACUCCCAGAAUCAAAGUGGGUCGAGAGUAUGUGCAGAAGGCCCAGACCAAAGAACAGGCUGACUUUGCUGUGGAGGCCUUAGCGAAGGCUUCAUAUGAGCGUCUGUUCAGAUGGCUGGUCCACAGGAUCAACAGAGCUCUGGACCGCAGGCAGAGGCAGGGAGCCUCCUUCAUAGGCAUCCUGGACAUCGCUGGGUUUGAGAUCUUCCAGCUGAACUCCUUUGAGCAGCUAUGCAUCAACUACACCAACGAGAAGCUGCAGCAGCUCUUUAACCACACCAUGUUCAUCCUGGAGCAGGAGGAGUACCAGCGGGAGGGCAUCGAGUGGAACUUCAUCGACUUCGGCCUUGACUUACAGCCGUGCAUUGACCUCAUCGAGAAACCAGCCCACCCGCCUGGUGUGCUGGCGCUGCUGGAUGAAGAGUGCUGGUUUCCCCGGGCAACCGACCGCUCAUUUGUGGAGAAGGUGUCCGCUGAGCAAGGCACGCAUCCGAAAUUCUUCAAACCAAAGCAACCACGCGGGGAAGCAGACUUCUCCAUCAUUCACUAUGCGGGCAAGGUGGACUACAAGGCACAUGAUUGGUUAGUGAAAAACAUGGAUCCUCUGAACGACAACGUGGCCUCUCUUCUCCACCAGUCGUCUGAUCACUUUGUGUCAGAGCUUUGGAAGGAGGAUAUUCAAACUCUUCCUCGUGUAUACUUCUUUGAUUCCUUUGCCACAAUCCAGGCUAAUGGCUCCGACAUGGACAGGAUCGUGAGUGUGGACCAGGUGUCGACAGGCGACAGCAGCGGGCCGGUCUCGUUCGGAGGGUCGGGCCUGAAGACGAAGAAGGGGAUGUUCAGGACCGUUGGUCAGCUGUACAAAGAGUCUCUCACAAAGCUGAUGGCCACACUGAGGAACACCAACCCCAACUUCCUCCGCUGUAUCAUCCCCAACCACGAGAAGAAGGCUGGUAAGCUGGCCUCUAACCUGGUUUUGGACCAACUGAGGUGUAAUGGAGUUCUGGAAGGGAUCCGUAUCUGCAGACAAGGCUUCCCUAACCGCAUCCCAUUCCAGGAGUUCAGACAGAGAUAUGAGAUCCUAACACCUAAUGCUAUUCCUCGCACCUUCAUGGAUGGCAAACAGGCAUCAGAGCUCAUGAUCAAAGCGUUGGAGCUGGAUCUCAACCUGUUCAGGGUCGGUCAGAGUAAAGUCUUCUUCAGAGCUGGAGUCCUGGCCCAUCUGGAGGAAGAGAGAGACCUGAAGGUCACAGACACCAUCAUUCGCUUCCAGAGUGCCUCCAGAGGCUACCUCGCUCGCAAAGCCUUCACGAAGAAGCAGCAGCAGAUGAGCGCUCUGAGGGUGAUGCAGAGGAACUGUGCCGCUUACCUCAAACUCAGGAACUGGCAGUGGUGGCGGCUAUUCACCAAGGUGAAGCCCCUGCUGCAGGUGACCCGGCAGGAUGAGGAGAUCCAGGUCAGGGAGGCGGACCUCCAGAAGGCCAAGGAUCACGUCACCCGAGUGGAGCAGGACUACACAGACCUGGACAAGAAACACGCUCAGGUAAACAAACCUCCAUCUUGUUCUGCUGUCUACCCUACAAUGAAAAGCCCAUCCUAUCAAUCAGUGGCCGUUUCUCAAUCGCGAGG